UCCCUCCAUCUCUCUCCAUCGCGGUCUCUCUCACUCCCCGCCAAUGCGCUUCACCGACUCGCCGGCGAUAACCCUCGCCAUCGGCGGCGCCGACCUCGUCUUCGAGCAGGACAAUGGAUCCAUGCAUGUCGGCACCUCCGUCUGGCCUUGCUCCCUCAUCCUUGCCAAGUUCUUCGAUCGCUGCUCUCCGUUACCCAGCCCUAACUCCUACACCGACCUCCUCUCCUUCUCCGGUAAGCGCGCUGUCGAGCUCGGCGCCGGCUGUGGGCCUGCUGGCCUCGCUCUCACCCGCCUCGGCCUCGAGGUAGUCCUCACCGACACCGCCCCUGUCAUGCCCGCCCUUCGCCGUAACCUCAAGCGUAAUCGCCCUAGCCUUCCCCGCACCCCCAAGAUCGCCCAGCUCUAUUGGAGCAAUCAAGCUCAAAUUCAAGCACUAAAACCCCCUUUUGAUCUUGUCAUCGCUGCUGAUGUCGUUUACUUGGAGGAAUCCGUCGAGGCUCUUGUUUCCACUAUGGAGCAGCUCGUGAAGCUAGACGGGGCUGUCGUUCUUGGGUACCAGUUGAGGUCUCCGGAGGCGCAUCAGUUGUUUUGGGAGGUUUGUGGAAGGGUUUUUCCGGUGAUUGAGAAGGUGCCGCAUGAGGAUCUCCAUCCCGACUAUGCCUACGAGGAGACUGAUUUGUUUAUUCUCCGAAAAAGGAAGUGAAUUUCUCUAAGGUAUGAAGUUUUUAAUGCAUUUCUACUCAUAAAAUCCAUGAAAAGUUGGAACUUUCUUAUUAGUAAGGUUUGAGUUCCUUCCAAUUAUGUGAUGCUUGAGAGUGUCCUGUUAUGCGUUUGACUGCAAAGUGUUGUCUUUUUGGGUUGUGAAAUUUUGAUUAUCUUGCAAGCAUUGUGAAGAAUGCUGAUUUUAUUGGAACUAGGUGUCAUUGCAGAUGUUGUUUGCAAUGACGAGUGCUCUGGAUUGUUGCUUUGUCAGAUUUUAAGAUCUAUAUAAUAUAUAUUGAGAGUUGUUGGCUUCUUGA